GAUGUCCUACACUCGAGCAAAGCAGGACUGCUUGCUCUCGAGACCAAGGUCGUCAUCCAAAUCGAGCUAGCAAACUUUGGCUACGCCAACUGGUCCACGGAAUCUGGGGCGGUCGCUUUCUGGUCUACGAUGCUGCACAUUAUUGGCAAGUGCGUCCUCUGGCUGUUCUCUACAGACACUGGUGGCGUCCCGAGCAAAGAGUCCAAGUCUAGCGACUUGGACCAGACGUCCAAGAUUCCUGAGCUUACCGUCCGCGAGAUUGAGGUGAGGUUCGACAGAUUGGACGGCGGCGAUUGGGCACAGCAGAUCAACAAGGGCACCAGGGGCCGCGUGGAGCAAGGCGCCGGCAAUGCGGCGGAAUGGGAUGGUCUUUACAUCGUCUUUGGCUGUCCGGUCAGCAAGUACUUCAAGGCUUCCCACGACGUGAUUCUUCGCGUCAGCCAAACGCCUGCUGGUACGCGCGCGAUUGUGAGCCCGAUCGCGGUUGCAAAGCGUCUCGCACAUGGAGCUUCCUGCCUGGUGGACCUAGUGGUGCAGGCCCAGAUGUUCCAGAGGGCCGUGAUGGACCUGCUUGAAUGGCUUUCUUGCUACGUCGCCGUAGUGGGCACAAAGGGAGACGGGCCUAAGCAGACCGGCUCCAGCCUGAAUUGGAUGAGAGCCCUCCCUUACCCAGACGCUUCUGACAUCGCGCACUGGACAUUUUCUGGGCUGCAGACCUCGAUGCUGACCGUGGGCUCUGGCGAGAAGGUGGCCAAGGCCAUUGAUGGCGCUCCGGGCGAGGUGAACGGACGCUGGACCACUUGCUGCGCUUCCGCUAUGCCGAAGACCAUGGUGCCCGAGAUCGCUGGCCUCGUAAAGCAGAGAGGAGGCAAUGCCUACAGUCUGGUCUACGAACGGCUGCAGCUGAACGACCAGACCGGACCGCGGCAGGCUGGCUUUGGCAUCUUGCAGGCCGCGGAUCAAGUCAAUGAUUUUUGCCGGCGCGCUUGCCUUAAGGAGGUUGGACUCUCGCACGUUUGCAAGAGCACCUUCGGCCAGCGCGACGCGAUUGCAGUGAAAGACGCCGUCCCCUCGCGUCUCUAA